UGUGAGACGCUUAAAAGCAUUCAUUUCGUUGGCUGUAGUGAAUGGAAUAUGUUGUGUGAUCUCUAAAUAAUUUCUUCUUUAUUUUUGUGUAUUUCAGCCACCCUACAUGGUAUCAAUUUGUAUUAUUAUAUAAGUAUAUUGAUAGCUAACAACUAAAGUAAAAUGGCUGGAAGAGGGUUUUUGAAAAGUCGUAUUGCUCAAAUGACAGCUAAUGAAGCUCAAGCUACUAAGCCUCCCGAAGUUACUUAUAUCCCAACAACUGCAUCUGCAACUCCUGUUGAAACUGUAGCCCCAAUAGUUCCUGUUAUAUCUGCACCUCUUUCAAUACCAAUUCUAUCAACAGUUCCUGUAACACCUUUGACUUCUGUAGAACCAAGCCCAAGUAAUGAUGCUUUUGUGGUAGCACGUCAAUGUGCUGUUCGAGGACGACGGGCUUUAUUAGCCAGGGGCUUACCUAAUGUGCAUAUAGUUCAACAAUCAGAAACCAUUGAAAAUGUUCCUGACGUAUCAGGACUCUCAUUAGGCUCUGUAGAUCUAAAAAACUUAAGAUAUCAGGAACAAUUAAUUCAAAAAUCAGUUGAGAUUCCUGUAGAAACAACAAGGCAUCAAGAAUCUAACUUGCCACUACCACAAGAUAAUUCUAAAUGUGCUCAUAUUGAACAAAAAUUUGAAAAACCUCCUGUUAUAUGUAGAGUUCAACAAAAUAAAGUAAAGCCCUCUGAAAAUUUUAAAAUGGUACAAUUAUCAUCAAAUUACAUAAAAAUUUCACUUGAAGAAAACAAAGGUAUUUAUGAAUAUAGGGUUGAUUAUGAUCCUCCAGUUGAUGCCAGGCAAGCCAGAUUUGCAUUACUUAAUCAGCACAGAGAUUUAUUUCCUGUCAAGACUUUUGAUGGCACAGCUCUGUAUAUUCCUAGUCAACUACCUCAGGAUGAAACUAUCCUUAUUAGUAAAUUAGAUACUGAAGUUAAAUUAACAAUAAAAUUUAAACGUAAAACAUCACUGCGUGAUUGUAUUCAUUUCUACAAUGUGUUCCUUCGUCAAAUAAUGAAAGUUUUGGGCUUAGUCGAAUUUGGUAGAAGUGUAUAUGAUCCUACUAAAAGAAUAUUAGUUCAAGAGUAUAAUUUGGAGGUGUGGCCAGGUUAUAUCACUUCAAUUGAUGAAUAUGAAAGUGGACUAUAUUUGUGUUGUGAAGUGUCGCACAGAGUUUUGCGUACACAGUCUGUUUUAGAAAUAAUGACUGAUAUAAUGAAAUCAAAACAAGAAGAUUGUAAACAAGAAAUAAUGGCUGCGUUGUGUGGUUCUACAGUAAUAACACAUUACAACAGAAAAACUUAUAGAAUUGAUGAUAUUGAUUUUAGUAUGACACCAUUAUCAACUUUUGAACAAAAUGGUGUACAGACCUCAUAUGUGAACUAUUAUAAAACAAACUAUAACAUUGAAAUUAAGAGUCUUAAACAACCAUUGCUCAUUUCAAAAGCUAAAAAAAAAGAUGUAUGUAAAAAGGGUGGUUCGGAAAAUGAUACCGUAAGUUUAGUUCCAGAAUUAUGUAAUUUAACUGGAUUAACUGAGAAUAUGAAGACUAAUUUUAAAUUAAUGAAAGCACUGCAUGCGUAUACUUUAGUUAGCCCAGAAGUUCGACAGGGAUCAUUGAUGAAUUUUGUGGAACGUGUUUAUGAACAUGAGGUUGCAAGUAAAAAAUUAAAAGAUUGGGGUCUUAAUUUGAGACCUAUUCCUGUGAAACUCGAAGGACCCGUUUAUAGAAAUGAAAAUAUCAUUUUUGGGAAUGAAAUCAGAAGACCAGUGAGAGAAAAUGUGGAUUGGGGUAUAGACAUUACAAAAAACGCUAUGUUUGCUGCUGUUAACAUGAAAAAAUGGGCAAUUUUAUUCACCCAAAGAGAAGAACAAGUUGCAAACUCAUUUUGUAAUACAUUAAUAAAAUGUGGAAGAGUAUUAGGAAUGGAUAUAGACAUUCCAAUUAAAUUUAAAGUAAAUGGAAUUGGUUUGGAAUGUUUUGUUGCUGCUGUUAAUAAAGCCAUUUCUAAUAACUGUGAUAUGCAAUUAAUUGUUAUUAUAUUUCCAAACCAAAGAGAAGAUAGGUAUAAUGCUGUAAAAAAGAUUUGUUGUGCAGAACUAGGAAUUCCUUCACAGGUUAUUGUUUCAAGAACAUUAUUUAGACCUGAAAAAUUGCUCUCUAUUACUCAAAAAAUUGCAUUACAACUGAAUUGUAAAUUAGGUGGAUCAUGUUGGGCUGUUGAAAUCCCAUUAAAAUCAACAAUGAUAGUAGGUAUUGAUGUAUACCAUGAAAAGGGAAAACAAGUAAGUAGUGUUGUUGGAUUUGUUGCAUCUCUUGACAAACACUUUACUCAGUGGACAUCAGUAGCUGCCAUGCAAAAAAGUACCCAUCAAGAACUUGUCAAGUCAAUUCAAGAUUCAUUUCAUAAAGUCAUACAAAGAUGGAAGAUGAAAAAUGGAGAAUUACCAGAUAAAAUAAUCAUAUUCAGAGAUGGUGUUGGAGAUGGUGAUCUUAAGCAAGUUGAAGAAAUGGAAUUGCAUGAUUUAGAAGAAUCUUUUAAAAGUUACCCAGGAUCUUAUUCUCCUAAAAUAACAUAUGUAAUUGUUCAAAAACGAAUUAAUACUCGAGUGUUUCAAUACAUAUCUGAUAAGAAGUAUGCCAAUCCUGCACCAGGAACUGUAAUUGACAAUACUAUAACUAGAAGAAAUCAUUUUGAUUUUUUUUUGGUGUCCCAACAUACAAGACAGGGUACUGUAAAUCCAACCCAUUAUAUAGUAUUGCAAAAUAGUUGUAAGCUAAGUACGGAAAAUGUACAAAGACUAUCAUACAAACUUUGUCAUUUAUACUACAAUUGGUGCGGUACUAUUAAAGUUCCAGCUCCUGUUCAGUACGCUCAUAAAUUAGCUUAUCUUAUUGGACAAAAUGUGAGACAAAUGCCAAGUGAAAAAUUAUGUAACACUCUAUUUUUCCUUUAAUAUGCAAUAUAAUACAGGCUACCAAUCCAAAGAUGUAAUGGUUCUUUUUUUUACCCAAUAUGUAAUUAUGAAUUUUUGAACUAAUAAUCUUAAAUAUAUUUGUGUUCUUAGUUGAAGGUCUACCAUAUUAAUAAUCAACAUAAUUUAUUUUUUGUAAAGUUCUGUUAUUUAUAUUUUUUUAAUUUAUUUUGGCAAGAUUUUUUGUAUUAUUUGACUUAUUUGUAACUCAAUCCUGAUGUAUAUUAUAUUGUGACCAAAUUAAUAAGCUAUAAAUAUAUUUUGUUAAAUAUUUUGUUAAAAUUAAAAAUGUUGUUUAUUGGUAGUUA